AUCUUUAUGGAUUGAAGAGAUCAAUGCUCUUUGGACUCGUCUGGGGUAUGAUUUGGACUCUAAUUACAGGAUUGACCUCGUACACCAACUCAGUGGUGUUCUUCUGUAUUUGUCGUGCUCUACACGGGAUCGGGUUGGCCUUUGUACUUCCAAAUGCCAUUGGAAUCAUCGGCACGCUAUAUCAAAAUGGCUCGAAGAAGAAAUCUGCUGUGUUCUGUUUAGUGGGUGCCAUGGCACCUAUUGGUGCCGCAUUGGGUUCGAUCUUUAGCGCUGUCAUCUCUGAAAAGGGUCACUGGCCAUGGGCUUAUUAUUCAAACUCGAUAUGUUUCGCCAUUUUGGCUGUUGCAACGUACAUCUACAUCCCAAAUAUACCAAGACAUGCGGCACCAGAGGUGACAUUUGACUGGCUUGGCUCAAUAACUGGUGUAACUGGUCUAGUUCUGUUCAACUUUAGCUGGAACCAAGCCCCUGCUGUUGGUUGGGAUAACCCAUACAUCAUCGUCUUACUCAUAGUAGGGUUCCUCUCAAUAUUGGCGUUCUUCCAGAUUGAAAAAAGGGUCAAGUAUCCACUCAUUCCAAAAGAAAUCAUGAACUCCCAUAUACUGUUGAUUCUGUCUGCAGUGGGAUUCGGCUGGGGAAGUUUCUCGAUAUAUGUCUUCUACUUCUGGUGCCUCUUGAUGAAUAUCAACGGUUGGUCGCCAAUUCACACCGGCUUCACUUAUUUCACAUUCGCCCUGUUUGGAGUGAUUGCUGCAUUUUCUGUCAAUGUCUUCAUAAGAAGAGUACGCCCUUCCUAUCUCUUAUUAGCUGCUACAUGUGCUUUCCUGAUUGGAAUCACGAUGCUUUCGCAAACACCUCCCCAUCAAAUGUAUUGGCAUAUGUUGUUCCCACAAAUGGUUAUACUGAGCUUUGGUAUGGAUAUCUCAUUCCCAGCAGCGUCAUUGGUGUUAUCAGAACACUUACCGAAAAAACAUCAAGGUAUGGCAUCUUCCCUUGUUUCUACAAUGAUUAACUACUCAAUGUCGAUUACUUUAGGUUUCGCUGGAACAGCAGAGGCACAGAUACUGAAAAGGAACACAAGUACAUACAAGGGAUAUCAAGCAGCCAUGUACGUAGGCGUAGGACUUGCCGUCUUGGGAUGCAUCCUGGCAUUGGUUCUUCACACUUGUUCUUACAUAUGGCCACACCAAGAGGAGGUUGAUUUGCAAAUUCACAAGUUCGAGGAUGAUUCUGACGUCCUAGAGAAUUCCGAACCGGUGUUGCACCCCAGUCGAGGUGGUGAUAAUUCGACAGCUAAGGUUUAGGGUAUUAGUUAACGAACAACACUUAUUAUAACACUAAUAUUGCAUUAUUUGAAACUUGUC